AAUUCAAAUAUUCUUGAAAAUCCAAUCUUUUUCUUCCUUUUUCAGAGUUGAAACUCCCCAGAAGAUGCAUAAAUUGGGUAAAGCUGCUGAGUUGCAAUGCAGGUUGAUUAGUGGAUCAUCUCUUCUCUGUUGAUCAGUGUUAUGAGCAUGAUAGUGAAGCUGUACAAUUGGUAAUAACCCGAGGUGAGAAAAUGAGUGGAGACGGGAAUUUUCAGCAGAUAUGGAAUUUUAGGAGCAAAGAUGAUGAUAUUGAUUCCUCAAGUGAUGAUUCAAAAUCUAGUAAAGGUGAAGCAAAGCGUGACCUGGCUUCUGCUUUGAUCUUUGUUGGCAAUGACGACAAUAGUGAUGAUCCAGGUAAUGAAAAGAUAGAUCAAGUUCAGCCAGGUGAAGGUGUGCAAUCAAAAAAACCUAGGCCAAAGAAACAACCAACAACGAAGGCUAAAGAAAAGAAGAGCAAGACAGAGACAGAGACAAAGGCGGAUACAACAAAGGCAAAGGCGCAGACAACAAAGGCUAGAGGCAAAAAGAGCAAGACAGAGAGAAAAACAGAGAAGGUAUCUAGGAAAGGAAUCAGUAAGAGAAAGAAAAAAAUUAGUGCUCUAAAUUCCGCUUUACUCAAUGAGUUUAAGAUUUUCACAGAGACAAUAAUACAAGAUCUUAGAGUUCAGAGGGAACAGAUGUUUGCCCAAAUGAAAGAAGAGAUGCAGAAGCUGGUGUCUGUUGAGUUGAAUACUGUGAAAACAACAAAACCGAAGAGCAGAAAGAUAGCUGGCCAGGUAAGGCAUGUCAAGAGCACUGAAUCAGACAUGAGACCUUGGAACAGUAGCGAUGGAACUCUGGGACGGUCUAUAGUAAGCAGCUGGAUUCCAGACUCUAAUAAUUACUCCAACGUUUUAGAUGAGCGCGUUACUUAUGACCACCAAGCUGUACAAAACCUCAGCUCAAACAAAAAGGAAAAAGGAGAACCUAUGGGAUUGUUGGCAAAGCAACCAAUGUACACAUGUAAUCAAUCUGAUCAGUUUGUGGCUUCCUCUUACGUGACACUACCAUCCCCCCCAUCAGGGAAACUACUAGAGCAUCAGAACACUGAUUCGCCUUUCAGAAAUGGUAAUACUACAGCCUUGGCUUGUGACAGGCGAAAUAUGAUGAUAAAUGCAAUGAAUCAUUCUGGUUACAUUUCUGGAGCCCAAGUAGAAGUACCCUUUCCGGGGUUCACUCAAAUGGGAACCAAAUAUGUCAGGUUUAAUGACCAGCACUGCACUCAAAAUUCCAGCACGCGUAAUGGAUUUCAGCUUCCAUUCCAUCAGAGGCUGGAGAAUACUUUCAACAUUCCAAGCCAACUAGAAAAUUAUUCGGGGGGCAACAACUUAUUAGGCUGGAGGAUGAAUGGAGGAACCAUGGGAUUUUCCGCGAAUGCUCAGACUUUGUCAGACAACAUUGCUGUUAACAAUGUCCGCAAUGGCAUGCCUUGUAAAGCAAAUGAAGAAGUUAACAGAUUCAGUAUACAAGAUCUCAGAGAUGGUAAUUUUAAUUGAGGCCUGGAAUUCUUCUGGCAGAUAUGCUGAUUUUAAUUCUUUGUCAAGUCUCUCGUGUUAUGAUAUUGCUGUUAAAAUUCUUAAAUGGCAGUUCUUGUUCAUUUCUUCAACUAAAA